UUUUCGAGUUUUCUUGCCGAGAGGCCCAACGCCGGACCGGAGUUGCCGGAGAGGGCACUUAUUACGACCACGCGAGAGAUUACGCCCCACUGCUGUCGUCCCCGCUAAUUUCCAGCAACUGCCUGAAACUGUUUUGCGAAAGCCGGUUUUCGGAAUUUUCGGGAGGAUCGUAUCAAGACUAAGGAGGAUAUGAGUAAGGGUUUACUCAAAACUCUCACAGCGUUGCAUGCGAGUGUUGCCUCUCGAACCAAAAGUAACUCAUGGAGCAGACGCAACUCGAACCCAACAAUACCUUGUACUUCGUGAAGAGAUCCCAAUCAGCGAAGGACAACGUGACGUGGGACUGGAAAGUAUCCAAGGUGCCAAGAAUUGGACUUCGGUUGAAGCGAUGAUUGAGCGACUUGUCGACAUGAUUUAUACCAUGGUAAGAAGGUGGUGGAAAAGAUUAUUACAGCACUGGUUUUAAGAGGGGCGGAAAGAUCGCUCCGAGUUGGCCAUUCAAAGUACUCGAGUCAUCGCGUCCAAGACCUGAGAGAAGAACAAGAAUCCUUCUUGGAGGAAUUACGCACCGCGUCCUCGCCAGAGCUGAGGGUUGAGCUGACGCUGGCCACGAAGACGGACAUGUCGAGGAGCCGUCUGGAGAAUAUUCAAGACCCAGUAGCAGGUGCUCGUGGUUUUCUCGCUGCUUUGCUGCUUUGGGAUAUACAAAAUAGGAGCCGGACUACUUGCUCUUCAGAAUGAGUAAGAAAAGUGAUAUCACUAACGAAGUGUGAUGUAUUUCUUCUUCGUGGUGAGUCAGACUAUUUAUGCAGCUAAAAAAAUAGAGAUCAGGAUGUCAAGGAGCAUAUAUCUCAAAUUUGUAUGGAAACUAGACCUAGAGAUUAGAGGAGUGUUGUGCACAGGGGACCUGCGCUUUUUCUCGGGAGUGCGAAAUUUGAUUAAAAUGCGCAGAAUUGUAUGCUUCGUGCAUCUGUGUGUAUAGCAUUUCGACAUAUGGUGGGCUGACCUAUGAACUGAGUUUUUUUCUACUGGUCAUGGCGCAAAUUAUAUAUUCGACAAGAGCGAAGAGCGUGGGUUUUUUUGCUGUUCGUUUUUUCUUUUUAUAUUAUGGAGAAAGCAUGAGGAGAGAUGUCGAGGGGGACAAAGAUAAUUAAAAAUGCACGCCCGUCAGUAAACAAGACUGGGUAUAUCAUCAUCGUCAUCAGUUGCACUGGUGGUAAAAAAGAACACGUGACUCCUCUGAAUAGCGACCUAUUGAGUUGCACUGGAGGAAGCAUUUCUUUGAACAAUAGGGGAGCUAGCGAAAGCGAAUCAAUCUAAAAUAUAGAGUAAGCGCCUUUGAUGUGUAAACGACUACUGCUCCCUCCGAAAAUUAUAUGCUGUUUCUUUUAGUAAUUAAAGUAAAAGCAGCUACACCCCGUGAGUGGGUACAUCAUUCAAUCAAGCAACUUUCGAAGCACACCAUAAGUCCUCCUUGGGGCUAUACGCCAAAGCGGAGCAGUCGCCUUGUGUGGCGGUGAACUGCAGGCAUCCCAUCUUAUCCUGCUCAGUCAUGUGGAUAAAAAAGAAAGAAGAACCAGGUCCGAUGGCAUAAAAUUGAACGAACGAACAUCUUCAAAUUGUCCCCAC